AUGUCUUUUGCUCGUCCUCGCCUGGCCCUUGGCCUGAGCCCCCGGGCCUUCACAGUAUCUCCUCAUGCCCAGCUAAGGGCUUCCGCUCUUGCGUUUCGCCAACUCAGCACCACCCGACGCGCCUUGGCCGAACCGGUUGAGCAGCGUGGCCGCUUCGAAGGGCCCACUGCUAUCAAGUCUCCAUCUCUCGGAAGCGGUGGACUGACUGCCGCUGAUGAGCCAGGGAAGGAUGUGAAUCCCUACAAGGACGGACCCAGCGCCAUUGACAAGGCCGUCCACAUGUUCUUCUUCACCGAGAUCCUCCGAGGCAAGAUGUUCCGCUCGGAGCCAUACACCAUCAUGUAUCCAUAUGAGAAGGGACCGCUGUCCCCUCGCUUCCGCGGUGAGCACGCUCUGCGGCGUUAUCCUAGUGGAGAGGAACGGUGCAUCGCUUGCAAGCUGUGCGAAGCCAUUUGUCCUGCUCAAGCAAUCACCAUCGAGAGCGAGGCUCGCCAGGACGGUUCGAGACGGACCACCAAAUACGAUAUUGACAUGACUAAAUGCAUCUACUGUGGUUUCUGUCAAGAAGCUUGUCCUGUUGACGCAAUCGUUGAGACCCAAAAUCAGGAAUUCUCGACGGAAACUCGCGAGGAGCUGCUGUACAACAAGGAGAAACUUCUGGCAAAUGGUGACAGGGCGGAGGCUGAGAUAGCCGCGAACUUGCAUUCUGACCAUGUGUACCGGUGA